AUGACUAGAGACAGGCUUAUCCAGUCGUCGAGAGAAAUUCGGUUUGCAACACGCUUUGUGCCCUGCGACCGAUGCACACGAGGAUCUGUGGCUGACGGCUUGGAGCUUAGCAUAGCUGCCAAUCAAGACCAGCCUUUUCCAAAUCCUGACCCCUGCGUGGCCGAUGUCGCGCUCAAGCUUCGACGCCAGCGAGGCAUCCCUCGCGACCUGGCACAUGGGCGACCAGCCUGUGUUGCUUCUCCUCGUCAUAGCCACACGUGCCACGGCCACUCACUGUUGCUCGACAUGCCUAAACAGAAAGAUGGACAAGAUGAGGAUGCAGAACCGGGGUUGGGCAUGCGCGGACGAUGCAGACAGCAGCCGGGGCCAAUCAGCAUCCCGGCCAUUGGCUACUUGUCCUUAUCUCAGGCCAACCAAGAUUGCCGGCCCGUCGCCCGAACCUUUAACGCUACAGAUAGCGGCAGUAAAUAG